UUUUUUCCCCAUUCCGGGGCCCGUGGUAAACAGUGGGAAUGUCCAGGGCUGGGAGUGCGGCCCUCCCUGCCCAGCCCAGCGUCCAGCAUAGCAACAGUGGUUUCAAACACUGCAGCCGCCGCCACCAGCAGGGUGUUGGACAUGGGAACCUUCCUCUGCCCCCGCUGCCGCUUGCCGUUCAGAUCCCGACCGCUGCUGCGGGUGCACCUGGAGAAGCUGUGCCUCGGGCCCACGGCACCCAGCAGCUCCUGCCUGCAUGGGGGGAACCCUCUGCCUGUGGAGGGAGCACAGGGCACGGCAAGGAAACCACAGGACAUCUCGGUCGGGGUGUCCCAAAAGACAGACAAGGCUGAGCCACGCCAUCACUUUGUGCCUCGUGGUGUCCCACCUGCUGUGUGGGGACAGCGGGGACCAGGGCGGGUGCGGGGAGCUCCCCUGGGGGAUGUGCUCACCCCCCGCGAGAGGGCCCUGCUCCGCACAGCCGACCCCACUUGUAGGAGGCUGCCAGUGGAGGGAGUGCCCCCCCGGCAGCCGCUCCCACUGCAGGGGCACCAGGAGCCGCCGCAGGAGCUGCUGGAAGCCCACGAACGCCAGGUGGCCGAGAUCCGGGCCAGGACCCGGCAGCUGGAGCAGCAGAGAGAGGGGCUGUGCCAGCAGCUGGCGACACUGGGGGCCAGGGCACCCCUGGGCCCCCAGCCCGAGCAGGGGCAGCCUGAGCCGAGCCAAGGCCCACGGGACCAGGCUGGACAGGUCCGAACAGCACAGCACAGGGUCACCCUACACCUCGACACCCUCCUGCCGCCCGCAGGGCCGCUCGCGGCCGAGGCCAGGGCGCUGCGAUUGUCCUACCUGCGCUCCGGGGGACACGACCCGGCCAUCCUGGACCAGCUUCUCCACCUCCAGCUGGAGGCCACGGUGCUGGAGAAAGGAACUGCGGGGCUGCGCAGGGGCAGGCGGAUGGCAGAGCCCCCCAGCACUGGCACACACGGUCUGGAUGCGGCGCUGCUGGCGGUGGAGCUGGAGAACCGGCGCCUGGAAGAUGAACUCUUGGCACUGAAGGUCAGAAGGGAGAGGAGAGCAGAUGCUGGCUCACGGGCAGCCCAGAGGCACACGGAGGAACUGGCCCGGCUCCAGGCAGAGGUGGGAAUGCUGCGAUGCCACGCAGAGCAGACAAGGCCAUGGCUGCACCCUCCUGUCUUCCCACACCUUGUAGCCCCACCACUGCCAUCAACUCUUGCUGUGCCACAACUUUUCAUGGAGCCCCCCGGGCCAGCACUGGGGCCUGGCAGACCCACAGCCCAUGUGCCCCCCGGACUCCCCCUCACCCCCUUUGUGGCCCUGGAGGACCCUCCUCCUGCUCAGGAGCCUCCAGCUCAAGACAGGGCUCCCCAGAGGUGAGCCAGGAAUAGGCCAUGGCCCCACUGGACUGCCCUGCCACCCCCUCCUACCCCUUCAGUGGCAAACUGGGCCUUCAGUAACUGUUGGGGUGAUGAAGGCAAAACCUGUGUUCAAGCUGCAGAGAUGGGUUCAGGGACCAGCUGUGCAGCUGGUACCAGGAUCCCACAGUGCUGGGGUGGGUGGAAGUGUAUGGGAUCACUGCUGGGACCAAGAGGCUCUGGGCAUUUCAUCAGGAAAAGAACAGGCAAACCUCCAAGCCAGCAGCAAACUGACACAGCUCAGGCUCCACCUCAGGACAGAGCCCACAGCCAGAAAAGGUUUAACCACUCCUUCUCACAAUGGUGGUUAGGGGACAGGCAGAGGGCACAGAGGGGCACAAUAAAUUCCCUGCCCUCAGGCGCAUCCCCACAUCCAGCCCUCUGUAGGGAAAGCCUAAACCAGGGCAUGCACAGCUCAGCCCUGGGAACCAGCAAAAACCACAGCCAACUUCCCAAAGUGUCAGAGGCCCUGUGCUACAUGUUUAAUAAAAGGCUUCAGCUCAUUGCUCUUCA